AUUUUAAUUAGAUGUUCAAAUUUCUUCUUAGGCCCUCAUUAUUGUUUUCCAAAAGAACAACUAAAUUAAAGCAUUUAAUAUAAUCAAAAGAAUUAGAGUUUAUAAUGGAAGCUCACAAUGGACUUUCAGCUCUUAUUGUAUAAGAAGCAGGAUUUAAAGGCAUUUGGGCUUCAGGAUUAUCAAUGUCUGCUUAAUUAGGAGUUAGAGAUUGUAAUGAAGCUUCAUGGACUUAAUUGUUGGAAGUAUUAGAAUUUAUGGCAGAAAGAACUACUAUUCCAAUAUUAAUGGAUGGUGAUACCGGUUUUGGAAAUUACAAUAAUGCAAGAAGAUUAGUUAGAAAAUUAGAAGAGAGAGGAAUUGCUGGAGUUUGUUUUGAAGAUAAGAUCUUUCCUAAAAGAAACUCUUUAGGAGAUGGGGCCUAAGAAUUGGCAAAUAUUUAGGAAUUUUCAAAUAAGAUCAAGGUUAUGAAAACACUAAUUUUAGGCAUGCAAAGAUUAUUAAAGAGAUAAAGACUUUUAAAUAGUGGCUAGAUGUGAAUCAUUUAUUGCUGGAUGGGGUUUAGAAAAUGCUUUAGAGAGAUGUGAAGCUUAUAGAAAGGCAGGAGUUGAUGCUAUAUUGAUUCAUAGUAAGAAAUCUGAUUUUACAGAAAUUGAAUAAUUUUUAAAAGCAUGGAAUAAUAGAUUACCAGUUGUAAUAGUUCCUACCAAUUAUUACAAGACACCAACAGAUGAAUUUAGAAAACAUAGUAAGAUUAUAGAAAUGAUUAAUAGAUGUAAGUUUAGCAAUUUGGGCAAAUCAUAAUUUAAGAGCAUGUAUCAAAGCCAUGUAAGAUACAAGUAAAUAAAUAUUUGAGAGAUAAAAUUUAAUUGGAUUAGAUAACAUAGCAAGUGUUAAAGAAGUAUUUAGAUUGUAAAAUGAAUAAGGAUUAGAAGAGGAUGACAAGAAAUAUUUAUGA